AUGUCUUUUCUUUACAACAUCCUCCCUCUUCAAAAGCAAUAUGUUUUUCAACAGCAAUAUGAUUCUCAAUUAUAUAAUUCAUCUCCCACUUUAAUUAAAUUAAAUGAAAAUUAUGAUGAAACUUAUUUGGCAAGUUUUGUAAUAUAUAUUUUAACUAAAAAAGAUGAUGACAAAGAUCAAGAUCCCGAUGAAAAAUCUGGUUAG